CUGCAAUUCUUCAAGCUCUUUGAGGCGCUGGAUUAUAUGUCGACUAAUCCAAUGCUGACGCUCAGCUACCCGAAACUGAUGCCAAGCGACGUCAUAUGCGGAAUGCGCUCGUAGGAAUGGACGAAGCCGUCCCACUCGAGCUACCAUCCCAUACCUUUCCUAGCCGCUACCCAGCCUAACCGAAUCCACGCUCGUCGAGCGCCGCCCCACGAUCGCGAACCAUGAACAUGGGCCAGAACGAGACCGGCCCGACAGCAUCAGUAUGCACGGCGUCGGACAAGCACACGAGCGGCAGUGGUUGCUGUUGCGGGACGUGUCGCAAGAACAAGAGAAGAUCUCAUAAAAAGUCUCGCAAUGGAUGCCACAACUGCAAAAGGAGAAAAGUCAAGUGCGACGAGACCAAGCCUGAAUGUGGCAACUGUCUGAGAUUCUCGAUGCACUGCGACUUCGUUCCUCCGCCCACGAACCUACUCACUCAAUCUCCUACCGACCUGUCGCCACCGGCACCGCGAAAACGGGGGCGUCCUCGAAAGGACUGGGACGCCGUCCGGAAGUUACCGACACCGAGUGCCUCCGAAUCCGAUGCGACCAAGACACCGCGGACACCGGCCCCUACAACGUCGGCCGAGCCCUCCUUCUCCUCCAUCGCCCCCGCGGUGUUAAACCGGGACGAUCUCGAACUCCUGCAUCACUACAUGUGCCAUACAGCAAUUACCCUUGGUGAAGCACGUGUAUGGCGAGAACAUGUGCCCCGACUGGGCUUCCAACAUCAAUACGUCUUCCACAUGGUCCUGGCGAUAUCAGCACAGCACCUCGCGAGACUCCGGCCAUCAGAGGCCCUACGCUACGAGACCCUCGCAGAGCGGCACUCCACAAGUGCUCUGCCGGCGAUCACGAACCUUAUGCCGAAUAUCAAUCUAGACAACUGUCAAGCGCUUUACCAUACCACGGUGCUCGUCUGUCUCUACACGUUUGCGAAGAAGCCAAACCCAGGGCAUCUCCUAGUCGUCGCAGCGGACGGCGAGGUUCCUUGGUGGGGCUUACUCCGAGGAGUCCGUAUAGUCGUCCAGAAGAUGGGCAUACAGGCCAUCAUCGCGGGCUGGGAUGACGGAAACAUAUCAUUCGAACAUACCUGGACUCACUGUCCGCCAUUGCCCGACCCCGUGCACAAGAUGGUUUCUUGGGAACAACGAUUCGAAGAGCUCGCCGAUCUGGUGGCCACCACGCCUGAGCCCGAGCGCCAAAUGUACACGAUCUCACUUGACCUGCUCAAGGACUGCUUCAAGCAAACAUUUGGCACCGAAGCGGAGCCGGAGGCGCACGUCCAGGGCCGAUUUGAGGUCGUUAUGCGCUGGCUGUAUAUCAUGAGCGACGACUUUGUAAUUCGCAUCCAGCAAAAGGAAGCGCUAUCCCUGAUAUUGCUGGGGCACUUCAAUGUCCUGUUCCAAACCCUCGAACAUUUCUGGUUCAUGCAAGGCUGGUCGGAGCAUCUCAUGAAAGGGCUGUUUAUUUCUUUACCCUCUCAGUAUGCCCAAUGGCUUCAAUGGCCAGCCGAACAGAUUAAGAAGCCGGCGUCCGUCGACCACGGUGUGCUUUCAGUUCAAAAGAUGAUUGAUUGAAGCUUCGCCUCCUUGACGCAUCGCAAAAACGCUUCUCAAGGUAUCGGCGCUCGCUGCCGACCAAGGGCGAUGGCCUGAUGGGUCGUAGCCAGCGAGCCAUCAUCAGCCUCUCGGCCACCUUCCGACAACACCACUCCAUGGACAUGAGAGCGCCAGGGCCGAUCAGGAUCGACCCCAUCGAAGGAAGAGCAGGUGACCAGACGAAUGCAUCGAGGACAGGGUGGAGGUUGGGUUCCAUGCACCGCUUCUGGUCCAUAUUGCGGCGUCUUCUUUUGGCGAUACGGAUUCGCGCCAGAAUCUUGCAAUCAUCCACAGUUUGUUGGUUCAAGAGAUUGCGUCUGCAUGAUCUUGCGCGACCUACGUCAGCCUGCAUCCGAUCUUGCAAUUGCUCGUCUCGUCAAGGUAAGUUGGCCACCUUUCAGGAAGGUCUUUGUAACUGACAAGUAACGACUCCCAGCGCGAAUUACGAGCAAGACUGCGCCGCGGACUGAAGACUGGGGUUUGAAGGAUCCGGGAUGCCAGUCUCGUCGUUGGCAAACCUGGUUGUUGGUACCGCGAUUAUGGGUAGACUGCUUCAAGCGUACUCACACCGCUUCAAAGUCCCCAUCGGAAUCAGGGGCAGCGUCGCAGGUUGCUGCGCCUCUUCCAAUAGCGAGGCGUCUUGUCCUACCUCGACCCAGCGACUCGGAAUCGAUGGGUAUGGGACCAGCGGAGCACAGAUCCAGGGACACGGAGCAAAUCGGCCUUUGGUGGAUCGGAUCCAAGCAAGGGUGUGGCAAUCAUCCUACUGGGCAUCCAUGUCGAAACAAUCGAAACGAGUGGUUGGUUUAUGUAAUUUAUGUGGCAGAGAGACGGAGGGCAGGGCAGAUGUUUUUACCCGUCGUUGGCAACACCACCCCGCGUCGAAGCAUCCGGAGCAGCAAAAUGGCGACGGCCGGAACAGCAGAGAUCCAGUCCGCUUGGCCACUAGUAGUAGGCCUGCACAGGAGCGCCCUUCACACGGCCGUUUCCGCCAGGGGAAUAUAGUUUCUGACCGCUACUCUGCCGAAACCCCGGGUU